GAAACGAAACUUCUUCUUAGCCAAAAGGACGAGAAGGAUACUGUUCGUUUACAGUAUGCUAAAAUGAACUAAUAGUAUAUACUAAUUAAGUAUGUAGUACACAGUAUGUUAGUAUGGGUUUUCGAACACAGCUUUGGUGCUUGCCCCAGUUUACUCUAUUUACAAAACGCCGACAGGGUGCAUUGUCCUGGGCAAACCACCAGUUUCCACACUUUUCCAAAAGACUACAUCGUAUUCUGAAAAUGGGUGGGAUUCGCCUCCUUACACGAGAAUGGCGUGUUGAACGGCACUCAGAUACGCGAGGCUCAUUUCAGCAAAGAAUGUUUUCGACUCCAUACACCGAGAAAGUGAUUGUUGUGGGAUGACGCGGUUCCCACGAUUUGUCCCAGCGAUAGCCCGAACAGAACCGAUACUUCUUCACUUUAUGUUAGCCAAAAUGACGAGAAGAAGCAACACAGACCGAACCAAGAAGUUCAGGAUAGACCACGCGUGGAUUAUUCUGUUAUCCAGAACAGCAGGGAGCCGAAACAGUGAGUAGAGAGUUAAUGAUGGAGGCUACGUCACGUCAACGUACUGAGCGUCACUUCUGAUAAGUGAGCUCCAGUCAAUGGAUGCCGUGGUGGAGGUUAAGGAGUCAGAGACAGCCAUGACGGGGUUUAAGGAGUCAACGGAAGCCACAAUGGACGUUAAGGAGUCAAUUUCAGCCGCAAUGGACGUGAAGGAGUCCAUGCCAGUCAUGAUUGAAGUUAAUGAGUCAGAGUCAAAAGAAGCCGUUGUGGACAUUAAGGAGUCACAGGGAGCUGUUAUGGAACUCAAGAGGCAGUCUUCCUCCUCUGGCAGCCAGGGGCGGGACAGAGACCGGGAGUCGGACAGCUAUCUCCAGCACCUCCAGUGUCCCCACUGUCUGCUCCAGUGUAAGAGCCACUGCAGCUACCUCAUCCACAUCGCUAAGAUCCAUCCAAGCCGCCUGGAUGACACGCCUGUGGGUCGCCUGGGCAACGCCAUCUUCUACCAGCGCACGGCACGGCUGUUCCACUGCAGCUUGUGUUUCCACACGGCCAGGGAGUUCCCUCGCCUCUACGACCACCUGCUCACCUGCCACUGCCUCUCUGGGAAGGGCCAGGGUGAGGAGGGAGAAGAACAGGAAGGUAUCAGUGUAGACGUGCUUUCAAAAGACAGUAGUCAUCCUCCCAGUGAGCCCAAGGCAGAAGAGGAGGAUGAGGACAAAGGAGGAGUGAAGCAAGAGGAGGAAGGUAGGAAAAGAGGACUAGAGGAGAUGGAGGGAGGCGAGGACAAUGAAGAGGACUCCCGCUCAGCCGGCAGCCCCAUGAAACGAAAAAUAAGCCCUACGGCAGGCAGUGAAGAAGAUGAUCAUGAUGAAGAGGAAGAGGAGCUACAGACCAACAACAACAAAAAAAGUGACAAACACAAAAAGCAGGAAGAGGCCUUCCUGACCAAAUAUAUCCAGCGCCAUGGGGGUCGCUACAACUGUCGCCUGUGUGGCAAGCGCUCCAAGAUGAAGGGCCAUGCCAUCUACCACGUGAGCUACAAGCACGACGUGCCCAAACCUUACUGCUGUAAAGAGUGUAGCAAGGCCUUCAUACUAGAGUAUUCGCUACUCAACCAUAUCUACCACAACCACAGACAGGGCAUGUACCGCUGCCUCUUCUGCCCCUUCAGCUCUGACGUGGUGUGGGGCAUAAAACGUCAUGGCAACCGCUGCAAUGCCCGAAGUGGGGAGGGGGAGGAGGGGGAGGGCAGCAAUGGAGAAGAGUGAUUGGUUAAUGGUUGCUAACACAUACUGUACCUUCGUAAUCAGGAGAAGGGACUCCAGGCCUACAUUAUCUAAAUUCUAGAAUCUCUUUGCAUUGUGCAUCUACUAGGCUAGUAACCCUAGGUACAGUAGAUUCCACUGUCACAGAGGUGUAGAUUCUCAGUGAAGUAUGUAUUUACUUCCUCUGUACACACAGUGAUGAAGAAUGAGGUACUUUGUCAUUCUGUACACUUUUCCUGAUAUACUGGAGCUGAUGGACUCAAAUGUAGAAUAUGUACUUUGUGAACUCGAAAAACAGCAUUAAUAUGUACAUGACAGCUGUUGAUGACUCAUAAUGCUACACAAUGAAACUAUCAAACUGACAAAAACAUGUUUUUUGUGUGUUUUUUACCUGCCUUUGUAUUGUCUUUAUUACAUGGGAUGUGUUUGUCUCUUUGAAAACAAUACAAUAAAAAUAAUACAUCAAUUUUA